GAGCUCGGCGGCCGCAGAGGCGGCAGCGGCGGCGGCGCGGCGCAGGCACCGGCCCGGGGAGCGGCAUCAUGAGCGGAUCACAGAACAAUGACAAAAGACAAUUUCUGCUGGAGCGACUGCUGGAUGCAGUGAAACAGUGCCAGAUCCGCUUUGGAGGGAGAAAGGAGAUCGCCUCGGAUUCCGACAGCAGGGUCACCUGUCUGUGUGCCCAGUUUGAAGCCGUCCUGCAGCAUGGCUUGAAGAGGAGUCGAGGACUGGCACUCACGGCAGCAGCGAUCAAGCAGGCAGCAGGCUUUGCCAGCAAAACUGAAACAGAGCCCGUGUUCUGGUACUACGUGAAGGAGGUCCUCAACAAGCACGAGCUGCAGCGCUUCUACUCCCUGCGCCACAUCGCCUCCGACGUGGGCCGGGGCCGCGCCUGGCUGCGCUGUGCCCUCAACGAGCACUCCCUAGAGCGCUACCUCCACAUGCUCCUGGCCGACCGCUGCAGGCUCAGCACUUUUUAUGAAGACUGGUCUUUUGUGAUGGAUGAAGAGAGGUCCAGCAUGCUUCCAACCAUGGCAGCGGGUCUGAACUCCAUACUCUUUGCAAUUAACAUCGACAACAAGGAUUUGAACGGGCAGAGUAAGUUUGCUCCCACCGUUUCAGACCUCUUAAAGGAGUCAACGCAGAAUGUGACCUCCUUGCUGAAGGAGUCCACGCAAGGAGUGAGCAGCCUGUUCAGGGAGAUCACAGCCUCCUCUGCCGUCUCCAUCCUCAUCAAACCUGAACAGGAGACUGACCCCUUGCCUGUCGUGUCCAGGAAUGUCAGUGCCGAUGCCAAAUGCAAAAAGGAGCGAAAGAAGAAAAAGAAAGUGACCAACAUUAUCUCAUUUGAUGAUGAGGAGGAUGAGCAGAACUCUGGGGACAUUUUUAAAAAGACACCUGGGGCAGGGGAGAGCUCGGAGGACAACUCCGACCGCUCCUCUGUAAAUAUAAUAUCAGCCUUUGAAAGCCCCUUUGGGCCAAAUUCCAAUGGAAGUCAGAGCAGCAACUCGUGGAAAAUUGAUUCCCUGUCUUUGAAUGGGGAGUUUGGGUACCAGAAGCUUGAUGUGAAAAGCAUCGAUGAUGAAGAUGUGGAUGAAAACGAAGAUGACGUGUAUGGAAACUCAUCAGGAAGGAAGCACAGGGGCCACGCAGAGUCACCUGAGAAGCCACUGGACGGGAACACCUGCCUCUCCCAGAUGCACAGCUGGGCUCCGCUGAAGGUGCUGCACAAUGACUCGGACAUCCUCUUCCCUGUCAGCGGCGUGGGCUCCUACAGCCCGGCAGAUGCCCCCCUCGGAAGCCUGGAGAACGGGACAGGACCAGAGGACCACGUUCUCCCGGAUCCUGGACUUCGGUACAGCGUGGAAGCCAGCUCUCCAGGCCACGGAAGUCCUCUGAGCAGCCUGUUACCUUCUGCCUCAGUGCCAGAGUCCAUGACAAUGAGUGAGCUGCGCCAGGCUAUUGUGGCCAUGAUGAACAGGAAGGAUGAGCUGGAGGAGGAGAACAGAUCGCUGCGGAACCUGCUCGAUGGUGAGAUGGAGCACUCAGCCGCGCUCCGGCAAGAGGUGGACACCUUGAAAAGGAAGGUGGCUGAACAGGAGGAGCGACAGGGCAUGAAGGUCCAGGCGCUGGCCAGAGAGAACGAGGUGCUCAAAGUCCAGCUGAAGAAAUAUGUAGGAGCUGUCCAGAUGCUGAAAAGAGAAGGUCAAACAGCUGAAGUUGUGCCAAAUCUUUGGAGUGUUGAUGGAGAAGUUACAGUAACUGAACAGAAGCCGGGAGAAAUUGCUGAAGAACUUGCAAGCUCCUAUGAGAGAAAGCUCAUCGAGGUGGCAGAGAUGCAUGGUGAGCUGAUUGAGUUCAACGAGCGCCUGCACAGGGCCCUGGUGGCCAAGGAAGCCCUCGUGUCCCAGAUGAGGCAGGAGCUCAUCGAUCUCCGGGGACCGGUGCCUGGAGAUUUGAGUCAAACGUCCGAAGACCAGAGUUUGUCGGAUUUUGAAAUAUCAAACCGGGCGCUGAUCAAUGUCUGGAUCCCCUCCGUGUUUCUCCGGGGCAAGGCAGCAAAUGCAUUCCACGUGUAUCAGGUCUACAUCCGGAUAAAAGACGAUGAAUGGAACAUCUAUCGCCGGUAUACAGAGUUCAGGAGUUUGCACCACAAGUUACAAAACAAGUACCCUCAAGUGAGGGCCUACAACUUCCCACCCAAAAAGGCCAUCGGAAACAAGGAUGCCAAGUUUGUGGAGGAACGAAGAAAGCAGCUCCAGAAUUACCUGCGCAGCGUCAUGAACAAAGUCAUCCAGAUGGUCCCCGAGUUCGCCGCCAGCCCCAAGAAGGAGACCCUCAUCCAGCUGAUGCCCUUCUUUGUGGCCUGGAGGAUUGUACCGUUCGCAUGUCACACGAGCCCACUGUCAACCACAGCAGCCAGCACUCACUGGGAGUCCCCAGCUGCCAGCGACAUCGCCCCGCCCGGAGAGCCUGGGAACAAGAAUAGCCGGCCCAAAGCGGCUUCCCGCUUCCCCAAACUGUCCCGAGGUCAGCCCCGGGAGACGCGCAACGUGGAGCCCCAGAGCGGCGACCUCUGACCUCGACGGAACCCCAGCCACAGGCCCUACGUGUCGCGCCAGCUGCCUCCACCCCAGCCACUGCCGCUGGCCCCUCACCUCGGCGUGACGACCACGUCCACCCGGUGACCCUGAGAGCACACGAUCCCCACCAGUUAAACGACACCCUGAUUAAACUGGUCAGUCUUGGAGCCACAUGGUCCCUGACCCCAGAGAGCAAGGUGGUGCCUCGCUGCACAGACUGCAACACGCGGUCCUUCUGCUCCUGGGGUCUGCCCUGGGCUGCAGGGGCUGUUCGUUCACCUCCCAGCAGUUCAGGGCUGGCAGGAGGUUGGGCACCAGGUCAGGCUUGGUGCCCGCUGGGUGAGAUGCACAGCUUAUCCCCUGUGCAGGAAGGUAGCUGCGGAGCCAGCCUCUCCACUCUUUCCUACACGGGGCCUAGAAUGACUGUUACUCUUUUUGCUGUUUAAGGUUAUUGCCUGGCCCAAGCUAGGGAUGCCUGGGAUUGGCAAGGGGGAGGGGAUCUGGUUCCAUUCACUGCAUUCUCCACCAAUGGUCAUUAGACACCCAAAGUGAGCCGUGUCACAGCUCACUUUUCCCAAGGGAUGUUCCUGAGGCCUUGGCAAGGAGCCAUUAGUGAUAUUUGAGUUCGGAGAACUUCUACCUCCCCCUAUGGCUGGCUUCAGGAAGGACCAGUGUGCCCUCGGGAACCUGAGGCCACUAAGGCCCUCACCAGGCUUGGAAGGGGGACUUGGACAUCUGACCCAGUCAGCAGCAGCAGCUUGGUAACCCCACGUCAUACAGCUUGUCCAAAGUGGCCUUGGCCUCACAGUCAUGAGAGACUUGGCUCAGGAAACCACUGCAGAAGGUUCCAUGGUUUUCAAACCAGGCUCCAUGUCUGUGAACUUGGACAGAGCAUGGACACUGAACAGAUGUUUCUCUCCCCUAAAGACAUUUUCCAUCCCCCGCCUGCCCAGCUACCAUUGUCCGUGGGAACAGAACUCUGCAUCCCCUAAGACGGAGUCCUCUUGUUCCUUACAUGCCAGGAUGGCUGUCAGAGUACAGGGAGCCUGGGCAGGUGGAGCAGAGGAUGGGGACCAGUAACUGGGUGGCCCCUGGGUCUCCUCCUCCAGUGAGCUCACAUCAGAGCCCCUCGCAGGACGAGGGCUGUCCUCACAGGCUCAGCACCGUUGAGGCAGUUUGGAUUUCUGGGGUAAAAUAACCAAGAAGGUGGUCGUGAAAUGCACUAUGCAAUAAGUCAGUGUGUUACGCCUUAAGCUGAGGCAGAGACGCAGUGGAACCUGAGGACAGAAGCAGGUGAAAGGCGAGUUAGAUGGCAAGGCAUGGGCUUGUCCUGGAACUGCUUCAAUUCAGUGGCUUAAAAUGUGUACGGCCUAGCUGAGCAUGGAGCAUUUCCUGGCUCGAGGAAAUCUCUGGAGAAUCAUCUGUAAGGUUUAUGCUGUGCGUUCCCCUCGUAGUAAGGAGAAGAUUGUUCAUGGCCUUUAAGGCUGAGAUCACUCACACACAGCCCCCCAGAGAAACCGAGACCUACCUGACUUCUUAGGGGACCUUGGGCCAGGUAAGCCAUGCCCUGGUGAGACUCAGUGAGCCGGAGUGUGCACGGAAGUGGGGACCCUGCAGUCAGUUUGCAAGUCUGGAGGACCUGAGACAUCCCGGAAAGGCAACCUGGCCUGUCUCCCACCCACCUGCCAACGUUGCUCCAAUACACAUUUUUUUUUUUUUUUUGAGACGGAAUCUCGUUUUUGUUGCCCAGGCUGGAGUGCAGUGGUGCGAUCUCUGCUCACUGCAACCUCUGUCGCCUCCCGGGUCCAUGCCAUUCUCCUGCCUCUGCCUCCCGAGAAGCUGGGACUACAGGCGUCCACCACCUCACCUGGCUAAUUUUUUUGUGUUUUUAGUAGAGACGGGGUGUCACCGUGUUCGCCAGGAUGGUCUGGAUCUCCUGACCUCGUGAUCCACCUGGGCCUCCCAAACUGCUGGGAUUACAGGCGUCAGCUACCACGCCUGGCCAAUACAGAUGCUUUAUUGGAAAUUCCAGGGCUGGAGUGCACACCAGCCCACGUGGUUGGCGAGUCUGAGUAGAGUGUCCUCACAGACUGAGGCAGGGACUGUCUAAAAGCUCAAGGUGCCAUCUGGCUCAAGCUGCCGUCUGUCAUGGCCCCUCUGGUUGGGUUUAUGCCACAUCGGUCAUUUUGAAGUAGGUGUUUGCCGCCAGCUCAGACACGGUCUCAGGAGGGCCUCCCUAAGCCAGGGAACUUGCCCUGGAGGUUAUCUCCCUGUUCUCUGCUGGAUAGAGAAAGAACCUCCCAUCUCCGACAUCCUCCUGGGCUCAGGCUUAUGACCCGCACCUUUUCUGACACCUGCCCCCGAAACACAGCAUGUGAAUCAGGUCUUGCCCUCUUCUUCAGAUACCCCACCAGGAAGCACCUUGGACAUUCUGCACAUGAUGUCAAAAAACAAUGCAAAGUCAGUCCUCCAGAGCUGACAGAUACUAACCCAUGAGAAACAAGUAUGCUCUCAGCUGAUAUUGAAUGGGUGGCAGAAACUCCGCCUCCCCCUUUUUAUAAAGCUUCAUUAUUCACAGAAAACCUGCUCUCCUCUCCCAAAUGUGGAGAGCAUGUUCCUGGGAGCCACGUGGGGACCAUCCCACCUGCCUGUUCCUGGUGCCUCUCCCAUGAUCAUGCACUGACCCUAGAGUCAUCUCCCAGAUCCAGACCAUCUCCCCUCAUUUUUGCUCAGAAAUGCUAGUGACUGGUGCAUGGUAGCAGCUCCUCGAAGCCCUUCCCUUUGGAAUCCUGUAAAAUGUUCUGCAAUGAUUGGGUUCAUCCUGCUGCUCAAAAGACCCCUGUCCUGCUCUCUAAUGUGGUGGGAUAAACUUCAGGCAACAGAGACAACGGGCAGGGUUCCCUGUUCCUGGAGAAACGGGGUGUGGCAACACCCAGGGCUAGCAGGAUUGUGGCUGGAACCUGGUGCCCAAAUUCCAUGCCCUUUAAAUGUGUCGUCACCUGCCUCUCAGCGUGGAUUCAAUUCCAAGGGCUGACUCAGCCCAUGGCCCAUCAGUGGCAAAGACACCCCUGCGGAAAGGAACCCUCGCAACUCACGUCUGUCUCCUUCAUCCAGGAAGAUUACUCGGGGGUUUCCAAAGUCAGCAUCUGAGAAAGGAAGUCCCCUCCUGCAUUCCGAGAGGAACCAGGGGGCCUGCCUGUCUCUCAAGGGAUUUCUGGGACCACCUCUGCUGGGAGGAAGACUCUUCGCCGAAUCCUCCUCUCCAUGGCCUGCUCUGACUCAAACAGAGCAUCACUGGGUUCCCUCCUUGAAAGAGAACAAACGCUUGCAGCGAGGGAGGUUAAAGGCUGCUAGAAACCUAACCCAGCCCUGCACUCCUGACCUGAGACAGAACCUUCUCCGCCACUCUUCCUGGAAUCACUCUGAAAUUCCAGCUUCUUUGAUUCGCACUUAGCAGUAUACUCCACUCACGUUGCUGGCAAGCCAUUGUAGAGUGUGGAGCUGGGGUUCAAAGCCCCCAGCAUUUCUCUACUGGCACGCCCUGGUGGAGGAAGACACUUUGACGGAAGUUCUUACAGGCCGUGGUGGCGGCAGCCAUCCUCACAUCCAGUCACCAGUUGCAUCUAGGGACCUGCUGGCUGCAAAAGGGAUCAUCCAGUGGAGUAAGGGAGGGUGCCAUCUUGCAAGAUCGAGGAAGAGGAGGGAUGUGGACUGGGUCUAUCACAGCCCUUGGCCCUGCUUUAUACCUUGGAGCUUAUUAAGGUGAAUUCUUUGAUAAGCAUUUAAUUAUUUAGAACCAUGGCAGGUAACUGUGCUUUAAAACCAGAGUCGCCCAAAAGUCAUUUACACCAGGCAGAUUGAUAGCAUGGCUGUAGCUGAUGCAACAAACAGGCACUGGGGCCAGUGAUCACAACCCACGGUUGGAAACGGGAGGGAAGCCCACCAGCCUGCCUCAUUGAUGCACUGCAGCUCUGCCUUCCGGAGGCGCCUUAUUUCCUAACACCCUGAGCCAGGGCUUUGUGGCCCAGGUGAGACGUGGCUGCCUCUCUUGGUUCUGCAUGGGACAGUGUGCCCACCCUGAGGAUCAAGUCAUGGGGUUCUGGGCCUCGGCCUUCCCACCCCACUUGCUCAAGCCCCCAUGGGGCUGCAACUCCAUCUGGCCCCUCACAGGGAGGCCCAGCUGUGUUCUCUCUUCCCCUCCUCUCCCCAAGCCACCCCCAGAAUCCAUACUUCAUUCCUCCGCCAAGCUCCUAUGUGAGCUGCAGCGCCCAUGCUGGGGAGGCCCUGCACUCCAGAAGCAUCUUCUGACCUUGGCACAGAACUGAUGGCAAAGGGCGGGCUGGGUUUUCAGCUCCUGGGACCUGAGCAAGACCCCACACCUCAUUCCUUCCCCGCUAUACAUCACACUGGCUAGGCCGCCAGUCGGCCUCCAAUGGUAACCCCAUUUGGGGGUGCCCAUGAUCGAGUCCCAGGGAGCCAUCUUAGGAGUAAGAGGACCGCGUAUGUACAGUCUAUGAUAGUCUGUAUGUACAUAAGGUCUAGAAGUCUUCCGGAAAUCCCGCAAAGGGCAGCCUCGUGCCUGGGUUUCAACCCCAAAGGCAGCGAUUGUCUUGACUCUGUCUUGCUGUUUCGCUCAGAAUCACGGCAGACAUGGAGUGUUUCUGGAAGGCAGGCAUCUGCUAUGAGCAAGGUCAAAGGUAACAUUUUUCAAAAUAUUGUGCAUUAAUUCAUUAAAGCUACUGUUAAAUAUUUGCUGUUUUCAGAUUGGCUUCUGUGCUAAUUUUGCACAGUUGUAGCACUGUAUAUUUUCUCUCACAUUUCUGUGCCAAAAGAGUUCAUCUUCAUGUUUUUGUAAUACACAAUGUUGAUUAUGUUUCUAAAAUCAAGCUUCAGCUCCUGGGUCAAUAGGAAUGAGGGUGUAGCAUCCAGGGUCUCCUGGCUCGAGGCACACCAGAUCCCGCGGUUCAUCCCACAGCUGUUGAAAUGCACCCUGGAUCAGUCGCGUCUCUGGUAUUCCUCACUCUAGCCAUGAACCAUUGCCAUCUUAUGGGCCUGAUUUGGGUAACUGAAUUCUGUCAUGGAGCACACACUUGUUUCUAAAUCCCAGCAACCAAGUUGCACAUCCUUCCUUAUAGCUAGUUUCUAUAGAGAAGUGAAAAAGAAAUCUGGCUUCCUCAGAAGAUGGUUGAGCGAGCAGCCCUGCUGGCAGAAGAUUCUAGAUUCACUGGUGGUUUAAGGCCCAGGGAUUUAGUUCUUACUGGUGCAUAAAUGUUUUCCCAUCCUAACUGGAAAACCACUCACCCAGGCCCCCCGCUUCCCCUCGAAUCUGCUCAGCUCUGCCGCCGGUCUCCAUGAACGGCAAGGGGAACCACCACUCGUUCAUGGUCGGUGUAGGAAAGAGGAUAUCCUUGCAAAAAUCGGAACCGAGGACAGCAGCACACACAAUGGUGGAUCGUACAUUUGCACCCAGAGCAACUAAUCGCUCAAUAAGUGACCCCAGAGACCAUGAAUUUCCCGGAGUGAAGGGAACAGGGGUAGAGCUAAUUAGAGUUUUUAUUAUCCAGGAUUCAUCGUAAGAAGAAUGUCAGCCUGUCUUCGUCCCUGGCUUAACCGUCAGGUAGAACACUUACUCAUCUGACACCGACUUCUUAGAGAAGCGAGUCUUUUGAGUGGAGGAGCGAUGGUAACCCCACUGGGGGGUGGCCCAUAAUCGGGUCCCAGUAAGCCGUCUUAGGGGUAAGAGGACUGUAUCUAGAGUCUAUGAUAGUCUGUGUCUACGUAAGGUCUCAAAGUCUGCAGAAACGCCCUGAAACCUGUAGUAUUAUCUUAAGUACCCUCUUAUGUUAAGGUUUACAUAAUAGGAUUUUUAAACAAAUGUGUUUAAUUUUUUAAGAUCUCUUGUAUUAAAAUUUUCUUUUGGAAUAAGCUGUGGAAAUUUUGUUACAGCCUGGUUGAGAUAAACCUCUUUACAAUGACAAAAUAAAAAUGGUGACAUUUUAUAAAUUAGGUACUUCAGUGAA